GACGACGACUUCAACUUCCACAUCGAGUUCAUCACCCGCUGCGCGAAUCUCCGUGCAGACAACUACCACAUUGCCAAUUCGGAUUUUCACAAGGUCAAACUAGUGGCUGGACGCAUUGUCCCUGCCAUCGCCACCACCACUGCAGCAGUCUGUGGAUUAGCCGGCAGCUUACUGGAGAAUCGUCGAAGGAGCAUGGGUCCAUGUCGCGGAGGGCUUCCAGACUUUUCGAGAGGGAUUGGCAAGGGUCGCAGCGCUCCAGAUUGA